AUGUAUCCAUUUCAACUGGUCUAUGGAAAAGAAUGCUAUUUGCUAAUAGAGUUGGAGCACAAGGCCUUAUGGGCACUCAAGAAGUUGAAUUUGAACUGGAAGAAAACAAUAGAAAUGAGAUUAGGGCAACUAAAUGAGAUGGAUGAAUUCUAUCUUAUGGCAUACGAGCGAGCACAUUUGUAUAAAGAAAAAAUGAAAAAAUACCAUGAUUGGAAGAUAGAGAAACAUGAGUUCAAAAGAGGGGACUUGGUACUUCUGUUUAAUUCCAGGCUUAAAUUGUUUCCACGAAAGCUGAAAUCUAAGUGGUCAAGACCUUUUAAGGUAAGCCAAGUCCACUCCACUGGAGUAGUGGAACUUGAAAACGAAAAUGGUAGUACCUUCAAGGUAAAUGGGCAAUGGGUAAAUCUUUACAUUGGACCAGAAGAAUCAGUGAAAAGCAUCACCAUUAUUUGUCUCGAUGAUGUCUGA